AGCAUUUUUGCUCUGCUGAAUAGUAAAAUACGUUUGAGCUAUAAAGAAGCUUUUUAUUUUGAUCAAUAAAUCAGAGCUGAGGCAUAUGCAGGUUGGCUGCGCUUUAUUUGUCCAAAGUAAAUUGUUGAUUUUAAAGCAAGCUUUUUCAAUAUAAUAUUUUCUUUCCACUUUUGAUUUCAACGGGUGAUUUUUCCUGACAGUUUAUCCAGGCUCCUGUCUAUCUAUCCACGGGUUAGUCAUCAUGACUGAAGGUAGGCGUGAACAGAUUAGCAUAGAUGACUUCGGAAACCUCUUGACCGGCAGAUCCCAUAUUUGUACUGGAAACACACACGCCUACACAACUACAAUGAGCAGCCGAGGAGGAGACAAUGGCCUCGUCGUCUCCACCGGACAACUGCAGGACGAGAUCCAAGACCAGAUCCAGUGGUACCGGAAGGAAGUGGAGCGCAAGGAGCGCCUGGUGGACGACUUGAGGAAAAGCGACAACUUGACUCAACACGAGCGUGAGCAGAAAGAGUACGAGCUGAAUGUUCGGGACUCUAUGGUGAAAGAGUACAGAAUGAAGGCUCAUCAAGCACGUGAAGAGCUAACAGACACGAUUGCAAAGCUACAAGCUAUAGAGGCAGACAUGAGGGAGUUGAAAGAGAAACUAAACUCUACCAGUAGCGAAUACUCCAUCCUCAAAUGCGAACGAGAUCGUCUUUCCGAGAACAAUAGUCGACAGGCGGGCUUGAUCCACACUCUUCGGGAAGACACCAGUUACUUGCAGACUAAAAUUACCCAGUUUGAAGAAGAAGCCAGAAGUUUGAGCUCCCAAGUAGAAGUUUUGAAAUGCGAGAAAUCAAGUUUUGAGAGUGAAAUUGCAAAGUACAAAGAAAUCAUUCUUGAGUUGGAGGUAAUUAAGAACUCGUUAAUGGGAGAAAAAGGCGACUCGGUCUGCAAAAGACGAGAGCUUUACAUCGCCGUGUUGUCAGCCCUCGGUGAAAGUUCUUCAGCUUGGGAUGCUCGCAUUCCGGACGAUGUCGGUGAGCUCACGGCGAAGAUCGAACAGUUGCGAUCCGAACGAGACUCGGCGCAAGCAGAGCUCACGACUUGUAAGGCCGAGAUUGUGAGGCUGACUUCGGUACUUGAGCAGUCGGAAACCGAAGUUAAAGCUGGCCGCGAGACGAUAAUGCGACUGGUUGCCGAGACAGAACGAACGCAUCAGAGCGAAACAGAAUUGCGAGUUCAAAUUGCAACUAUCGACGGUGAAAAGUCAGCAGCCGUUGGGGAAAUGGAGCGACUCAAAGUUCUGAUUGCGACUCAUGAAACAACAAUUAGUGAGCACGAGGACAAAGUAGCCGAGUUGCAUGCGGAGAUUGAGUCGUUGCGAAGUGAACUCGUGACUAUUCGAAAGGACCAUUCGGCCGAACGAACUGGAUACGAUUCGCUGAAGGGCAAAUACGAGAAUCUGCGAGAAAACAUAGCGGCGCUGCUGUCGUGUAGCUUUCAGUUCGUGGACAAAACAGAUGACAGCAUUGUGAUUCGACUGAAAGAGUUUCUAAACGACUACAGGUCUCGACAACUCACAGUUGAGAGCCUAGAAGUGAAGCAGAGCGAGCUUAGCUCCCUCAUCGCAGAAGAACGACAGAAGUACGAAGAGCUCCUGGAGAAACUGUCGGCUCACAAAACGACUCAAGAGGACUCCCCGGCCACUCACGGCGAGCGGGUCAAAUUUCUCCAGUUCAUCGCCAAGUUGUCCGAAUUGCUGAAGAUGGAGUCCAUAAGUGGGGAAUUGGGUCUAGAUGUCAGUUCCGAUGCAGUUCUUCACCGAGUGAAGUCUCUAGUGGAGAAGGAAGACUCGGCUCUGGCUGAAAAGACGUCUGGAAUGUACCAGCUCCAACGAAAGGUGAAGCAGUUGAAGGAGGAGUUGGAGGGGAAGGAGUUGCACCUGGACAUGAUGAGGAAGAAGGUGGCCUCUCUGGAGGAGAAGAGUGGGGGCAGGAUGGAGGUGUGGAGGGAGAAGGAGGAGUUGGAGGGCAGGAGCAAGAAGAUGGAGAGGAUGAACGAACGACUCAGGGCUCAGCUGGGCGACUGCAAGGUCCAGAUAACGAGUUUGAAGGCAGAACUCUCCGACAUUCAAAGUGUGAAAUUGAGAACGGUGGAAAAAGACGAAGAGAUUCGAACUCUGUUGGACAAACUUGACCACCUGGAGAAGACGAGAAACAAACAAGCCAAACAGCUCGCUGGACUCAAGCAGGAACUCAAGUUCGUCGACCAAGAGUGCAAGAGCAGCACUCACAUGAAGGAAGAGAACAUUUCAUCGCUAGCUGAGCAGCUUAGUCACGCAAAACGUGCUCUGGAAGAAGUGGCCAAACGUGAGCGACAGUUAGUUCAGUUCAGAGCACUGGUUGCGAAAGUGAUGGGCAUGGAGGUGUGUUCACUCACAGUUCCAGACUAUGAAAUCAUUUCGAAACUGGAACAGUUGCUUGGACACCAUCAUCACGUGGCAGGCACUGGUCCAGGGACAUCGACUGACCUGGAUAACUUCUGGGAGGGCUACGAGAGGGCAAAGGAGCGACUGACAACUAAGAAGAAGCCAGUUCAGACAGCAUGGUAGUUUGUGUGGGAAGAACUCUCUAUUAUCUGUCCAUAGUUAUCUUUUUAUAGAGUGUUGUUAAAUGCACAUUUGUUUGAAUUAAAAAGUAAAUUAAUAAGAAA